AUGGACGUGGCAGUCAAGCUGCAGGCUAUUCAAUUUUGUUUCGACUGGAUUGUAGCUACGCUGGUCGCUGUGAAUUGGUGCUACAUGUUCAAGAUGUCAUUUCCGGCCACGUCAAAUACCGUCUGGGCCUGGUCUUUAUACACCAUUUUCCUGCUGUUUGCCCUUCCGUUCUUGAAGACCUCGGUCUUGGACCGGCUGGAGAGCGAUGUCCAUAACUACGACAAGAUUACGUUGCAGGGUUGGCGUUACCUGCUGAGCAUCACCUGCGGCACAGCGGUUGGCACUGCGAUGACCGGCCUCGUCUCCUUGACGUUCCCGAAUUUAUCCUCAGUUGAUUUCUAUGGUAUUGGUUCGCCGACAGGAUUUUGCUUGGCGGGUACGGUCACCAUCUCCUUCAUGAUGCUACAGUCCAGCAUGGAGUGGUUGUACCACGUCGGAUUGCCAAGCUAUCCCAAGAACGGCUGGCUCAAGUCCGUGCUGACGAUCCUCCUGUGCUCGAUGUGGAGUACCAUAGGUUACGUUUGGAAUUCUGUUUGGGACAAGGAGUUGUCAAUCAUCAAUGUGUACGUUGCCGGCCAGUACGCCUUCCUUCUUAACAAGACGGGCACUUCGGCUUCGCAGCAGCUGUCCCGAGGGAUAAUGCCAGCAGUCUUGGGACAGCAGCCGACGACUGACCAACCCCCUGCCAAGUUCCAGACAAUCGACGCCUUAAUCUACGCCGACAAUGAUGUCGAUGGUGCAAUUACCGCGAUGGAGUGGAAGGCCUACAAGGCGGCCGUCACUACGCUCGUCGCGGUGGUGAUCCUGUACCUGAUACCCGAUCUGCCGCACGACAAUGACAGACGCUGGUUGACACGGCGCUUUAAGUUGUCCGCUCAGAUGAUCCCCCUUACCGUGGCGGCCUACGCGACAACCGACUGUGGCUACGAUUUCGGCACGGACUACGUGACGGCCCUAACGGGGAGUAGUACUUGGGGCUUGGUGGCCGCGUACGCCUACGCGGUGUUGGUGAGUUGCAUCGUGUGCACAAUCAGUUGCGUCUUCCGCUUCAGGACACGGACGCAGUUCCAGAAGUGGUUGUUCUUGUUGGGUUGCUACGACGUCAGUUUCGCGUGGUGGUACGUCUGGCAGGAGACGCUCUACCAGAUCCAGGGGUACGGCCUGGAUGACCUCCAGGGCAAGUGGUACGCGGGUUACGUUUAUAUCGCCCUCGCGGUCGGUCAAAACAUGCUCACGACGCUGUUCUGGGUCAUGUGCAUCAAGUGGGUGUCCAGGUUCGCGGUGCGCAAGGCAGACGACAGGAGAGGAGAGCGCAGGACCUGGAGAUGGACCUGA